AUUGGUAUUCUGUGGAACACAAUAAUACGACGCUACAAAGACUUGUGACCAAAGCUGUAAAGUCUUUGUUGGCGUCACCUAGCAACCAACAAAACGCCAAGGAGACGACGACAAAAUGGCGACGGACAGAGAGAAGGAAGCCGCUGUUUAUCUGGAAAAACACAAAAUCUUCGACCUUAUGAAAAACUUGACCAGCAUGCUCUUCUUUUACAGACCCGAGGAUCCCAAAGAGUUUCUUAUUGAGAAACUGCAACAGCUGAAAGAAUCCCGAGAUGGUGGUUGUGGUGCAAAAGCGCCAAGUCUUCUUAGCCAUGCUAAUCUGGACGCAGCCUUCGGGAUUGUGGACCCAGCUAAUGAAAAAUAUGUCACUUUUGCACAAUACAAGCAGGCUCUGAUCUCAUUGGGCAUGAAAGACAUCAAUGAGUGCCCUGAAGGGGUAAAUGAAGACAAAAUAUCCUAUGAUACUUUCAUAGAAGAAGGGAUGCAGAGCCUGGAGAGAUGCUCAGCCACAUAUGCACAACGUUAAACUGUAAUGCUGCGUGCACAAUGAAAUGUUUAUAUGCACAUGGAUGUUGGCAAAGUAGGCCUUUUGACUUGUGCUGUGCUUUUUAAAAUAUACAGAUUUGUAUUAAUAUACAAUAGAUACAAUAGAAUAAAACAUUAAAACAUGUCUGAUUUGGAGGAAAUGAUGUAAACAAGUGUUUU